AUGAGACCACAAAAUGUAGCCCUGAUUCCUUCUGUCGCUGCGAUUGCCGACUUGACAGAAAGUACUAAAAAAUUGUUGCUACGCCCAUUAUAUGGCUCGAAUUGCUGUUAUGGCUUGAGCAUACGUUUGCAUUGGCAAAGUAUACACAAUUUUGUUGUGGCCUUCACGAACAAUUACACUGAUCCCGAGACCAUAGCAGCCUCUCCAUACCUGGUGUAUACUGUAGUCGGGUAA